AUGCGGACUGCCCUCGCAAUAGCGCCAGUGAUUUCCCUCAUCCUCGCAAUUGCCCAUCUGGCAAUCGCAAUCCCGCUCCCAAUACCAGCCGCGCAAGCACAUACUGCCACCGUCUCUUGCACAGCCAUAACCAUAAUCACAGCGCGCGGCACCUCCGAAGACCCCGGCGAAGGCCGUCUCGCUAGCAUCGCCAGCGAUCUUGCCAAUGAGCGCCAGAACAGCAAGCGAAUCGCGCUUGAUUACCCCGCGGAUCUGUUCCCGUACUCCCUCUCGUUAUAUAAGGGGAUUCAAGCUUUGACUGGCCUUCUAAACACGUCCGUGUCAAGUUGUCCGCAGUCGAAGAUUGUGCUACUGGGGUAUUCACAGGGUGCCCACGUUAUUGGCAAUGUAUUGUGUGGCGGAGCCUUUGCGGAGCGGGCAGUUGAUCGGACCAUUGCGGAUAAAGUGUCUGCGAUUAUUUUCAUGGCUGAUCCGCGCCACGUACCCGGCAAAUCGUUCGAUGUUGGCAGUUCAACUAGGAGCGGUCUCUUCCCACGCCCGGAUUCCGAAGCAUGCGACACGUAUGCUUCUCGCAUGCGGUCCUAUUGUGACUCGGGGGAUCCGGUCUGCGACUCAGGCUUUGACAGGGAAGUCCAUAGCGCUGUUGUGGAGAAGUAUCGGUCUUAUGCUGUUGCUUUUGUUACACGAGUCCAGGCAGACAAAUAG